CGGUCUCGAGACAAACAAGCAGCAGGCGAUCAAGAUGUUGGUGUGGCAGGAUGUGUUUACGGAGGACGAGGUGAUGUCGGACUCGAACAAGGUCGUCCCGUGCAAAGACAUGGAGGGCAAUGAGGUCUCGGGCAUGUUCCAGGUCGAGUCCAAGACUGUGGCCAAGGGCUCGGACAACGUUGACAUCGGCUGCGGUGACGCUUUUGGCGGUGAGGAGGAGCAGAUCGACGACUCGGUCGAGACGGUGAACAAUGUUAUCGACGACUCAAUCGGCUUCGGCUACAUUGAGACUGGCUUCGACACCAAGGCCGAGCUCAAGACGUACCUUAAGUCGCACUUUCGUAAGAUCAUGAAGCACCUCAAGUCCACUGGUGCCAGCGACGAGACUCUGGCCCAGUUCAAGAGCGACGCCCAGGAGAUUGUCAAGUUCCUCGUGUCCAUGUUCAAGGAGCUGCAGUUCUACAUGUUCAAGUCGUGCGACUCGGAGGCUGGCCUCGCCUACGCCUACUAUCCGGAGGGCGCCGUCGCCCCCACCUUCUGCUACAUUAAGUGGGGCCUCAAGGAGGUCAAGUUCUAAGCGCGUGCGAGCGCUAGAGGGGAGCCUUAUUGCUUCUUUUUCUUGACCCGCGCAUUAAACUCUAAUUAAUGCCUCCUUCAUGUAUGCACAA